AUGUCCGCUGUCGUCGACGCUGUGUUCGGCUCGUACGACCUCAAGAACGCCAAACAAUGGCGCGACGAGGACCUGUUGUACCGCGAGCAGGAGAAACAGUGGCGCGAAGACGCGAUCCGGCGCGAGUGCGAGUGGCGGUGCGCCGAUUUGGUGCGGGAGCGCCGCGUGCUGAAGCUCGAGAACGAGAAGCGCAUCAUCGACGCGCGGCAUCGGCAGCUCGUGUCGGUCUCGCAGAUGUCGGCGCUGCUCGCGGGCUUUACCAUGUCGACGAUCGUCGAAGUGCAGAUCGCCGACGCGACGAGUGAGCCUGUGAUUGUCGCCUACGGAGCCGUGUGCUGCAUGGAGUUCAUUGCCAUGUUUACGUGCAUGUUGACGUGUACGGCGCUGUUGCUGGCGCUGACGCGGUUCGUGACGCACGCGCUGGAAGGCGAAGUGCACGCGCUGUCGUCGUUCGAGCUGGACGUCGUGUCGCCGUUCUACGGCUGGUGGCUGCGGAAGUGCGAGCGCGAUUGGAUCAUGGCGUACCAUCUCUUCCGCCUCGGGCUGUGCCUGUUCCUCGCUCAAGUGGCGCUGCUGGGCUGGGCGGUCUUUGGCGAAUGGGUUGCGGCCGCGUCCUGCAUGACAGUGCUGUGUGCGCUGGCACUCGCCUACUUGGAGCUGCGCGUGGCCAGUCGAUGGCGCUACCUCGUGCAGUUCCCCGUACCGCAGGCAGCCGAGUCGCCCCCAUCGAGGCGAUCGAGCACCUUGUCGCCGUCUCGAGUCCUCUUGGCCCAAUAA